AUGAUAUGUCAACAACAUUUACCAUUCAUUGCUAAUCAAGUUAUUAAUCUUAGUCUUUUUGACGAUGAUAAUACUCCCAAACAAAUUGAUUUAUUUUUUUCUUACAUACAAUCAUUUAGUCAAUUUACUUAUUUACGAACACUUUCACUAGCUACAAUUUGUUCCUAUGAAAUAUUAAUUAAAGUUAUUCAUGAAUGUCAAUAUCUAUCGAAUCACAAUUAUUUUCUCUUCUAUUUUUCUUGUCAAAACUGUCAAAUUGAUUUUCAAUUUAUUAUUGAUACUAUUUGGAGUUUACCAAAACUUAUUUAUUGCCGAUUUGGUUUACAUAUUGAUGAACAACAGAUUUUUUGUACACCAACAAAAAUUUCUUCUACUCUCAAAUGUGCACAUAUGUGUGGAUAUACACUUAAAUGGAAUCAGAUCAAUCAAUUAUUUGAAUGUACACCUUGUCUUGAACGUCUUUCGAUAUCUAUUACAUCUACCGACGAUGAUGAUGACUACAGACUAUUUCCAGUUCUAACACUAAUCGAUUUGAAGGUCAAUAUUUGUCAUAGGUCUAAUCCUUUGAAAAUAAUUACCCUUUUGCAAAACAUACCCAAUUUACGUUGUUUGAAUGUCGAUUUGUUAUCUAAUUUACUUAAUGGUCAUCAAUGGGAACAAAUCAUUCGUAAUUACUUGCCUAAACUUAAAGUAUUACGACUUAGCAUGAGAAAUAUACUUUCUUUGAAUGAAAAUAUAGAAGAACAAGUUGAUGAAUUAAUUAAUUCAUUUCGAAGUUCAUUUUGGAUUGAUGAACAUAAAUGGUUUGUUCGAUGUUUCUCUUCACAAACAUUUAUAAAUCUUUAUAGUCUAUCUGAAAGAUGUUAUUAUGGUCAUGAAAAGCCUUCAGAUUUAUGGAGAUCAACAUAUCCACAUGAUAAUCAACAAAACUUUUACAAUGACCUAAACAUUAUCUAUGAUCACACAUUUUUUGAUCAAUCCUUUCCGACAAAUAUUUAUUUAUAUAAGAUUAAGUUUCUUUUCAUAAAAUUUCCUAUUAAUAAUCAAUUUUGGUCCAUUGUUUCAAAUUUAAAAGAGCUCUCCACAUUGAUUAUAUCUUCUUAUCGUGAUACAUUUCAAACUGAAUUUCAACGUUUACUAAAUCGAGCACCACAUCUCAAUUAUUUAUGUAUUUGUCAAGAGAAAUCAUUACCAUUGCAAAAAUCAUUAUUUAAUUAUACAAAUACAUCAAUUCCUCGAUUACCUUUAGAAAAUUAUUAUCUCAAUGAAGAAGAAUGUAUUGAAUUAACUCAGUCACCAUUGAUUAUUCAAUGUCAAGUACUUUCCAUUCAAGUGAAAUCUCGUCAAAGUAUUAUUAUUCUUGUCAAAAAUAUGAACAAUCUUCGACGAUUAGAUAUUCAAUGUGAAAAUGAACUUCAUGAUGGAAAAACAUCCAACAAAUAUGAUCUGGUUCAAUGGUUAAAUGAUCAUUUAUCAUCAACGUAUCUAAUUUUCAGAGAUUCAGACGAUACGAGUCGUAUUCGAAUAUGGAUUUAA